GGCGGACGCGGGCGCAGAGGCGGCGGCACCGGCACCAGCAGUUGCUUCCCGGGGCGCUUGGUUUGCGCCUUCCCUCAGCUUCUCCCUGCCGUGCGUGGACCAGGGGCAAGCAGGGCGUCGUCGGGUGAAGCAUCAACCAUGACGGAGAGCCCGGCUGCGGCACCGUCUUCACCUGCCAAACCCAAGCGGGCCAGGGUGGCGCGGCGGCCGGCGUCCCACCCUACGUACUCGGACAUGAUCGCGGCUGCAAUCCGCGCCGAGAAGAGCCGCGGUGGUUCCUCCCGCCAGUCCAUCCAGAAGUACGUGAAGAGCCACUACAAGGUUGGCCAGCAUGCUGACGUCCAGAUCAGGCUUGCCAUCCGGCGCCUUCUCGCCUCCGGCAUCCUCAAGCAGACCAAAGGAGUCGGUGCCUCUGGCUCUUUCCGCUUGGCCAAGGCUGACAAGGCGAAGAAGUCCCCAGCCAGGAAGAAGAAGAAGGCGGCCAGGAGAUCCACAUCGCCCAGGAAAGCGGCAAGGCCAAGGAAAGCCAAGUCACCAUCAAAGAAACCCAAAUCUCCCGCCAGGAAAGCCAGGAAGAAGUCAAGGGCCAGCCCAAAGAAAGCCAAGAAGCCAAAGACUGUUAAAGCCAAGUCGCUGAAGGCAUCCAGGCCCAAGAAGGCAAAGCGGUCGAAACCCAGAGCCAAGUCCAGCGCCCGGAAAUCACCCAAGAAGAAGUGAGAAGUCUAGAAGCGUUUCGGUGCUCUCCCCAUUGGUUUCUGUAAAUAGCUUUUGCCUUUAUUUUUACCCCUUUCUAUUGUGUUUUAUAAAGAAUUGAUCUGUUCUUGUCUGGAAAUAGCUAAAACAAGGCAGUUAAUGAAAGAAAAAAAGGAACAUCUUUGGUACGGAGAGUUCCAUUUUUUAAGUUUUUGGUCUGGGUUUUUAUUGUGACGUCUCAUAAAUUUCUUGUGUGCGUGUCUUGUUUUUUUUU